GGGCCGCAGCAGCCGGGCAGCGGCUCCCUCUUGGCCGCCUCGGGGAUCGGCGGCAGUUGAGGCGCGGUCGAGCUGCGGGUAGCGGGUCGGGGGCGGCGGCUGCGGUGGGGCCAGUUGCCGGCGGGCGAGGCGCGGCGCGGCCGCCCCGGAGAUGCCCUUGUGAGGCGCCCCGAGGGGCAGAGGCGACAGGAGAGCGCUUCCUCGGAGCUGCCCCUCGGCGGGGCAGAGGAAAGCGCCCUCCCUCCGUUCACCAUUAAGAGGAAGGCGAUGGAGGAGCUGAGCACGGAUGAGAUCCGUCGCAGGCGCCUUGCCCGGUUGGCGGGGGGGCCAUCCUCCCAGCCCAGCACUCCGCUCACCUCACCGCAGAGAGAGACCCCUCCGGGACCACCUGUAGUGGCACCAGCCGCGGGGCCAUCCCACAGUCUAGGCCUAAAUGUCCAUAGCAUGACCCCAGCUACCUCUCCAAUUGGUGCAUCAGGAGUAGCCCACCGAAGCCAGAGCAGCGAAGGAGUGAGCUCACUCAGCAGUUCUCCAUCUAACAGCCUUGAAACUCAGUCUCAGUCUCUCUCUCGGUCUCAGAGCAUGGAUAUUGAUAGUGUCUCCUGUGAGAAAAGUAUGUCCCAGGUAGAUGUGGAUUCAGGAAUUGAAAACAUGGAGGUCGAUGAGAAUGAUCGAAGAGAGAAAAGGAGUCUGACAGAUAAGGAACCACUGGCUGGGUCUGAAGUGUCUGAGGAGCAAGCUUUACAGCUGGUCUGUAAGAUCUUUAGAGUCUCUUGGAAGGACCGAGAUAGAGAUGUUAUCUUCCUGAAUUCACUCUCUGCCCAGUUCAAGCAGAACCCAAAGGAAGUGUUUUCAGAUUUUAAGGACUUGAUCGGGCAGAUUUUGAUGGAGGUGCUGAUGAUGUCCACCCAGUCAAGGGAUGAAAACCCUUUUGCUAGCCUGACAGCUACAUCACAACCCAUUGCUGCAGCUGCCCGAUCUCCUGACAGAAGCCUGAUGUUAAACAUGGGCUCUAACCCAGGAAGCAGCCCUAUGUUCUGUAAUGUGGGCUCCUUUGGCUCCAAUUCAUUAUCCAGUCUCUAUGGGACUAGUCCAGCUCCUACUACCAAUUUCACAAGCUAUGUACCAAUGACUGGUUCAUCUCUUACCCCACCAGCCAGUUCAGUUGCCAAUACAUCAGUACCUUCCAAUACUGUCAGCUCUCACCUCACAGCAGCAAGCCCUUCAUGGACACAGCCUUCCUCUCCGAGGUACCGGCCAUACACUGUUGCCCACUCUGGAGGCUUUUCAGCUUCUUCCAUGCCGCGUUCCUUGAGCAUUGCCAUCCCAUCUAGUUCACCAAGUCCUCCAGCCGUGGCUGCGAGCCCUCCAGCCACGCCAGUCAUCCCAUCCAGACAGAGACCCACAGCAAUGGGUCCGCCUCUGUUUACUGCUUCACCCAGUGCCUUGCGCAGGCGUCCUUUACUGACCAGGAUUCCCUCUAGUAUAUACGACAACCCUUUCUCCCUCCUCCUCCUUGCCGUUUCUGAUGUGUCUGAGGACAGUAGUGAUGAAGAAAAUGAAGAUGAUGAUUUUUCUUGUGUCCAGUUUGGGUCCAGUAUGGGAGGCUCUGGCAGCUCAAGUGUUUCCGAUUCCUGCAGUGACCACUUCACCAUUGAGAACUGUAAGGAGACAGAGAUGCUGAACUACCUCAUUGAGUGUUUUGACAGAGUUGGAAUAGAGGAGAGGAAAGCACCAAAGAUGUGUAGCCAGCCAACAGUUAGCCAGUUACUGAGCAACAUCCGAUCACAGUGCAUUUCACAUGCUGCUUUGGUGCUACAGGGAUCCCUAACACAACCAAGGUCAUUGCAGCAGCAGUCUUUGCUGGUACCAUAUAUGCUGUGUAGGAAUCUCCCAUUUGGCUUCAUCCAAGAAUUGGUGAGAACAACUUAUCAGGAUGAGGAGGUGUUCAAACAGAUCUUUAUUCCCAUCUUGCAAGGCCUGGCUGCAGCUUCCAAAGAGUGCUCCCUUGAUAGUGACAAUUUUAAAUACCCCCUUAUGGCACUAUGUGAACUUUGUGAAAUCAAGUUUGGGAAAACACACCCCAUGUGCAGUUUGGUUGUCUCCUUGCCUUUGUGGUUGCCUAAAUCUUUAAGCCCAGGGGCAGGAAGAGAGCUGCAAAGACUUUCCUAUCUUGGAGCCUUCUUCAGUCUGUCUGUCUUUGCUGAAGAUGAUAACAAAGUAGUUGAAAAGUACUUCUCAGGGCCUGCCAUUACUCUUGAAAACACCAGGGUUGUUAGCCAGUCUUUGCAGCAUUACCUGGAAUUAGCAAGGCAAGAGCUAUUCAAGGUUCUGCACAGUAUUCUGCUGAAUGGUGAGACUCGAGAAGCAGCUCUCCAUUACAUGGCAGCUAUUGUCAAUGCCAACAUGAAGAAGGCACAAAUGCAGACAGACGAUCGUUUGGUCUCUACAGACGGCUUUAUGCUCAACUUCUUAUGGGUACUGCAGCAGCUGAGUACGAAGAUAAAGCUGGAAACGGUUGAUCCCAUGUACAUAUUUCAUCCCAGGUGUCGUAUUGACCUCCCAACAGAUGAGACAAGAGUGAAAGCAACAAUGGAGGAUGUUGCAGCCUGGACUGCUGAGCUUUACAGGGACCCAUCUCCGUUUUCUGAGCCGAAAUUCCCGACAGAAUGUUUCUUCCUAACCCUGCAUGCCCAUCACCUCUCGAUCCUGCCCAGCUGCCGGCGCUACAUACGGAGACUGCGGGCCAUCAGGGAGCUCAACAGGACUGUUGAAGAUUUGAAAAACAAUGAAAGUCAAUGGAAGGAUUCUCCUCUGGCCACCAGGCACCGAGAGAUGCUGAAACGUUGCAAGACACAACUUAAGAAACUGGUGAGGUGCAAGGCUUGUGCAGAUGCUGGUUUGCUGGAUGAAAACUUCCUCAGGAGAUGUCUGAAUUUCUAUGGCAUGGUGAUUCAGCUGAUGCUUCGCAUUCUCGACCCUGCCUAUCCCAACAUAAAAUUGCCUUUAACUCCCGAAGUUCCAAAAGUGUUUGCAGCAUUGCCAGAGUUUUACGUGGAAGAUGUUGCUGAAUUUUUGUUUUUUAUUGUACAAUAUGCUCCUCAGGUGCUUUAUGAGCCCUGCACUCAGGACAUAGUCAUGUUCCUUGUCGUGAUGCUGUGCAACCAGAACUACAUCCGCAAUCCUUACUUAGUAGCCAAGCUGGUGGAGGUGAUGUUCAUGACCAAUCCAGCUGUCCAGCCUCGGACACAGAAGUUCUUUGAAAUGAUAGAGAAUCAUCCUCUCUCCACUAAAUUGUUAGUCCCCUCCUUGAUGAAGUUUUAUACAGAUGUGGAACAUACUGGAGCCACUAGUGAGUUCUAUGACAAGUUUACAAUCCGCUACCACAUCAGCACCAUCUUCAAAAGCCUCUGGCAGAACAUAGCUCACCAUGGUACCUUUAUGGAAGAGUUCAACUCUGGGAAGCAGUUUGUUCGCUACAUCAACAUGCUGAUAAAUGACACAACUUUCUUGCUGGAUGAGAGUCUGGAGUCCCUAAAACGUAUCCAUGAAGUGCAAGAGGAGAUGAAGAAUAAAGAACAAUGGGACCUGCUGCCCAGGGACCAGCAACAGGCCCGUCAGUCGCAGCUAGCUCAGGAUGAGCGCGUGUCUCGUUCAUAUCUUGCCCUGGCAACAGAAACUGUUGAUAUGUUCCAUAUCCUAACCAAGCAGGUUCAAAAGCCUUUUCUCAGACCUGAACUUGGACCACGACUGGCUGCCAUGUUGAACUUUAACUUACAGCAACUGUGUGGCCCCAAGUGCCGCGAUCUGAAAGUCGAAAACCCUGAGAAGUAUGGGUUUGAACCAAAGAAGCUGCUGGACCAACUCACUGACAUCUAUCUGCAGCUAGACUGUGCUCGCUUUGCUAAAGCCAUUGCUGAUGAUCAGAGGUCCUACAGUAAAGAGCUCUUUGAGGAGGUUAUCUCAAAGAUGAGAAAAGCUGGAAUCAAGUCAACCAUAGCAAUAGAGAAAUUCAAACUGCUGGCAGAGAAAGUGGAGGAAAUUGUUGCCAAGAAUGCCCGUGCAGAAAUUGAUUACAGCGAUGCUCCAGAUGAGUUCAGAGAUCCACUGAUGGACACUCUGAUGACUGAUCCUGUGAGGCUGCCAUCAGGAACUAUUAUGGACAGGUCAAUCAUCCUGAGACACCUGCUGAACUCUUCCACUGAUCCUUUCAAUCGUCAGACGCUGACAGAAAAUAUGCUGGAACCAGUGCCAGAACUUAAAGAGCAAAUCCAAGCCUGGAUGAGAGACAAGCAGAAUGCUGACCAUUAAAAUUCCCUUGCAGUGCACGCCACCACCGAUGGGAAGAGCAGGGCGUGGGCUGUUGUGGUAAUAGUGGAGCAGAUACUCUUUGCAAGCUGUUGACGGGAUUAGCAUGCCCACUGGUACUGACUCGCUCUAGUGACCAGAAGCAUGUGGACGAGGAGAAAAGCAGCUUAAUUCUUGUACAUAUAUUUAAGUGAUAAUGAUGGUCAAUAACAUGGAGGACAAGCUAGAAAGUUGCUUAUGUUACAAAACUGUCCUUCAACAUGUCACAUUUUGGAGUUUUUACAGCUGAAUUAUUUUAGCAAAGAUGAAUGGAUCAGGGCAGCAUCCCUUCAACCUUAUUUUUUACAGGCAGACAUCAAUUAAUUUGAUUUGUGGUUAGAACCUUGGACAUUUUGCUGCUAAAGUAACUUUUUCCUCUUUCCCUCUCUUCUUCCUUUUCCACUUAUCAAACCUGCACUGCUGUCUUUCUUUCUUUCGUUUUUCUUUUUCUUUCUUUUGUAUUGCAAAAAAAAAGAAAAGUCCCUGUGAAAAUCAAGAUCAUUCCCCUGCCCUCAAAAGAACACAUUCUGUGCGAUAACUGUGCCUGCAACAAAGUGUGAACCUUGGGGUGGUAUUUUUGUAUUAUACAUACUUGGGUUUUAAUUGGUAGUAGACAGGAGGAUCAUUUCCAAAACGAAGAUUUCCCACGUGGAUUUUAAUUUCCGUUCUUUGCAGUCUCCCUUUUCUUUCUGCUGAUCUAGAUGCUCUGGUAUUUUUGAAAAGCCUUGAGACAGAAAUGUGUUCAAACAGCUCCCAACGAGUGAGAUGCUUGGGAACACCAGGAUUUCAGUGACUUUUAAAACAAUAAAAUCCAUUCUCUUAAUGCUGCAGAUAUGAUAUAUGCUAACUGACAGUUCUGAGCCAUUAGAGCUUGUCCGCAGAGAGCAGAGCCUCUUAUUCCUGGAGGCUGCAGUUUGGGGCAGGGGUCAUUUUUCUUAUGUUGCGUACCAAUUUGUAUCCAUGGCUUGGCCUUACCAAAGCAGAAAGGGUGCAGGAAAUGUAGAACUACAUUUUUAAAAAAAAAAAGAAAAAAAAAAAGAUUCACAAACAUUUUUGUAUUACUGCCCCCUGCAUAUAAUACUUGAAUUUCCUUUUUAAAGAGGAUUUGAAACCACAGUGUUUUAAAAUUGUCUGGAAAAAAAGGUUGUUUUUCUCUGUUUUUGGCUGUGUCUUCUGUUCAAUUCCUGACUCUCUUGAACUACAAUAAAAUGAUACACACUCGCACAAAA